CUUUACGCGCUCUUAAAAAUGCUGGACAAGUGAGAGCUUUCUGUUUGGUUCUAUCCUUUAACCGAGUUUCGCCCGGGGCCAAAUCCGCUGUGAAAUAUUCAAGCCUUCCAACAGGGCCAGGCUGUGCAGUGAGUGACUCGGACCCGCAGAUAGCCCGCAGGCACCAAUCAAGCGCAGAGAGAAGAGGCAUUCAAGCAAUGAAUGGAUCACGGCCUCAUAAGCACGGUUCCCACCGCCAUUCUCCCUGUACAUGUCCAUGGAAUCCGGCUCUCUCUUCUCUCCCUGGACUCCUCAGUCGACCGUGCAACUACCAGUACACCUCACCCGUCACCGCGAGGGGCCAGCGCCUGCCUCGUUCACGGUCCUCCGGAGAACACACCAAUCCCUCUAACAUCCUGUUUCCCUCCUCUAAGGCACGUCCAACCUGUCUGGUUUUCUCAGCAACAAAAUCAAAAGGAACUUGGAAGGGGAAAAAUAUUCGUCACCGGCCAACCCUUUUUACCUCCGGACUGUAAGCCUAUACACUUUAAUAUAAGCAACAACUGCAGUGUGUGUAUUGUUGUUCGCCGUAAGAAAAGGAACAGGCAUACCCUGGGGCAACUUUUGUAAUUAUGUCACAUCUCACGAGGUUUGAAUAGCGCGUGAUGCCCAGCAGCACUUUCCAUCGCCACUGGCGCACUAUUUUCACCGUCGCCAUCGCUGCACUAGCCACACUCGGCAGUUUUUCCCCAGAUUUUCACCAGUUUACCAUGGUUUUCGGAGCCUGAGAGCACCAGAACGUGGAUCCAACGAAAGGUGUACAUGCCGACCAUAUCGCCAUUAACGAUGUCAUCCUUGUCUCCGACUCCAUCGGGAUCGGGUACUCCGCCACCAGGUCAUGGCCACGGUCUACCACGUGUGGCUCCCAACAGCCGCUUCAACGCUCCUGUCCACAUCGACGUAGGCGGCCAGAUCUACACCUCGUCCCUGGAGACACUGACCCACUUUCCGGAGUCCAAGCUGGCCAAGCUCUUCAACGGCUCCAUCCCCAUCGUGCUGGACAGUCUCAAACAGCACUACUUCAUCGACAGGGACGGCCACCUCUUCCGCCAUAUCCUCAACUUCAUGCGCACCUCGCGCCUGAUCCUGCCAGACAACUUUGGCGAGUUCGAGGCGCUCUACGAGGAGGCCCGGUUCUACGAGAUCGCCGAGAUGGUGGAGGCGCUGGAGAACUACAAGAUGUCCACAACCAAGACCCGAGGGGAGAAGACCAUCAAGACGGAGAACGGGCUUGGCAACGAGUGCAUCAUCGUACACACCACCCCCGACUGCGGUGAGCGCAUCAGCCUGAGCGGGGACAAGGUCUUGAUCCAUGAGAUCUUCCCUGAAGUCGGCAGUGUCAUGUGCAACUCCACCAGCGCCGGUUGGACCCAGGAGUCCAACCACGUCAUCCGGUUUCCUCUCAACGGCUUCUGCAAGCUGAACACGGUGCAGGUGCUGCAGCGGCUGCUCCACUGCAACUUCAUCGUCAUCGCCUCUAGUGGUGGGGGAAUCGAAGGCUCCCAAUUCAGCGAGUAUGUCAUGUGCCGGAAGUACUCCGGAUGCUAGAAACCGGUGAGCAUUGGGAAAGUUUUCAGAGACUAAAAACGCCGCGGUAAGAAAUGGUCUCAUCGGCAAUCACUUUAUUUCUUGCACAACAUUAUGUUUUCUCAUUACUAUUCAGCAUUAACACUUACACGUUACAAACUAAUAAUUGCAAAGACUCUAUAUGUAACACAUAACAGAUUUUGGUAUAUUCUUCAUUUUUUGGGGGGGGGGGACGAAAAGAUGUACAACGUAUGAACAACAUGUAAGACAAUAGUGCGCAUUCUUAAAUUGGAUGGAAAUUCUAAUUGGAUCGAAAUUCUUAUAUAUUUUUAAGGGACGUUUUGGCAAGAGGGUGUAACUGACAUAUGUAAGGUUUCAGAAAAUAUUUUAUACUGGAAAGUUAAGCCCAAUGUCAUCAUCAACUUAAGUCCUCUGUCUAUUGAUGCUGUACAAACAAAGCGUUUAAAAGCGCGAUAUGCAAAUCUUCCACAUGUCAUCUCUGGCAAAUUAGUAUAUCUUUAAUAAGUGCAGGGUUUACUUUUCCUGCACCUAUUGCAGUGAAAACACAACACUUUUUCUCAUUUCGUAUUGAAUCGUCGAAAGAUGCAUUUCUAGAUGCCACUGUUGCAAGAUUUGAUAUCUUGGGAAUUUUAAGCUUUUAAACAUUUUUGGACUUCUUUCGACCUACAAGUUUUGAACACUCGAAUUAUGUUUUUAAGUUAAUGACUGCGAAUGUUUGUGCGAACGAUACACUCUUUUGCCAAAAUCUCAGCAAAUCCUUCAUGUCAAUUGGAUUGCCUGCCUUCUUCCUUUUUGGGGUUCUUGGUUUCAACCUUUUGCAUUAAUUCCUGUGUUGCCUUUUUGGUUACAUUUUUGUCUUCAACAAUGUAUAUUGAUAUUAAUAUAUAAGCUUUAUAAAAUGUACAUAAAAGUAAAUUUGAAGUAGGUGUAGUUUAACAGAAAUUCUGUACAGGAAACUUUAACAAGCCAGCUCUAAUUUUUGACUAAUAUAGAAGUUUGGAGCAAGACACGUGUUACUCGGUUGUAUAUAGCCAGACCUGUUUUAUGUUAAGAAGUGGUAUAAGAAAAUAAUAGACAUCGAUUUUCAAGAAGAUGUGAAAACUCCAAAA